AUGACCGCUGCAAUUAGAAUGCUUGCUUAUGGAGUGUCGGCCGAUUUCAUGGAUGAAUACAUAAGGAUUGGAGAAACCACUGCAAUAAAAAGCUUAAAAAAAUUUGUUAAAGCAGUAGUUUCAAUCUUUUAUGAAGAGUACUUGAGGUCACUAAACAACAAUGACAUUGCAAGGUUGUUAGCGGUUGGCCAACACUGUGGAUUUCCAGGAAUGCUGGGGAGCAUCGACUGCAUGCAUUGGAAAUGGAAGAAUUGUCCAAGUAAGUGGAAAGGUCAAUAUAUUGGUCAUACUUGUGAUCCAACGAUAAUUUUGGAAAUCGUGGCGUCGUAUGACCUUUGGAUAUGGCAUGCAUUUUUUGGGUUACCAAGGUCUCACAAUGACAUCAAUGUCCUAAAGCAGUCUUCUGUAUUUUCUGAGCUUGCUAAAGGGUGUGCUCCUUCGGUUAGUUACUCGAUAAAUGGUAAUGACUAUUCGAUGGGGUACUAUCUUGCAGGUGGUAUAUAUCCAUCAUGGGCAACAUUUGUCAAAACAAUUCCAGCACCAUAA